AUGCCAUUCCAUUCGACCCUGUAUCAGAACGUCUUCCGUACAGGACUUAGCAAGACACUUGCCCACGGCUACGCACAAUCUGUCGUAGCUGCGACACAUCCCCAUGUUCUAAACUCACAGAACCGCCCCUCGUGGGCCCGGCGCAGCAGUCAUCGCGUCGGCAGGCUCUCGGGCCUGCAACUUCAGAGUGCUUUCCAUGUCUCAACUUCAGCGUCCGCGGCUGCUCCCCAAGAGCACCGCCCAGAGAGGCGAGGCAGCUUUGGUAAUCUAGACGCCUACUUUGAAGCUCUUCAAAAGAAGCAGGAGCAAGCCCAGGCUGCAGGCAAUGAAGAGGCCGCAGCAGAAGUCGAGCAGGAAUGGAUGCAGUUUCAGUUCCCGAAGCCCAUUGAGUGGAAGCCCACAGCCUCCUCCGUACUUCCUGAGUCGACAGCCGACGCCCUUUUGCCCAUAGAAGCAGCUCAGGAUGCCGCCGAGAACCAGCCUGUGCCUGUUGAUGCCGACGUGGCCUUGGCUCACAUCAACGCCGCAUUGGAGAAGGAGAUCGAAGUCCGAAGGUUACAAGAGGCUCUAGAGGAAGGUUCUCCGCUUCCAUCAAGAGCACCUACUCCACCAGUCGAGAUUGCCCAGUCAAGGUCCGGUACUCCAGAACGAUCAGCCACCCCAGUCAGCGUUGCCCGAAGUGCAUCUCCUCCGAUCGACCCUCAAUCUCAGACUUAUGCCGAUCAUCUCACGAAGCUUUCCGAGGAUGGUCGCCACGCAGAGAUUCCCGCGGUCUUUGAGGCCAUGCUUGUUGCUGACGUCAAGCCCAUUGCCAAGGCUUACAAUGCUUUGUUGACUGCAGCCAUCCACAUUCCCGUGGAGAAGGUUGAGGUUGUUUCCAAGGCGCUGGACGUGUAUGCCGAUAUGAUGAGGCGAAAGGUUCUCCCCAACAGCGACACCUAUAACAUCCUCGUAGAUCUGCUUGCCAGCAGAUGCCUGGAAGUUUCGAGCCUCAAGAAGGCCCUCGAGGACAAGUUGGCUCGGUUCGGUGGAAUGGAGGAGCCUGGCAAGUUCAUGUUUGCUUCAUCGGAACUUGAAUAUGCUAUUCUCUCCGAGGAUGAUCGUCUUGACUUGGCAGUCAGGCUGUUUGACUCCUCAGUCGAGUUCAGCAAAGCCAACUACUCGUCAGACACUUAUCAUCGACUGAUCUCAGCCUGCGCUCAGGCUGGCCGUGUAUCAGACAUGCUGCGCCUAUUUGAUCACAUGGAAAUCAGCGGCGCUAUUCCCUCGGCCGCCACCUUUCCUACCAUGAUCGCCGCUUUCGCCAAGGUCGGUGAUCUUCCAAGUGCAGUAGAGUGCUACAAUGAGUACAAGGAACUGGCUAUCUCUCACGAUAGUGGCAAAUACACUCUCAACGACCGCCUUGAUGCUCAGGUCUAUGCUGCUGUCAUCAACGCUUACGUCACAUCGGACAAGUUUGAUGGCGCUAUGAGGUUCUACGAGAGAAUCAUGGCUAGCUAUGGCGCAAAGUGUAGUGACAUCAAGGACGUUCUGGUCGGUUCAGGCUUUGUGCGCGGUCUCACUCAACGUGCUGUGUACCGUGAAGCACUCCAGUGGGCACAAACCAUUGACACAGACAUCAGAUUUGCGUCCAUGGCCAGCAUUGCAACCGCCGCCGCCGAUUCUGGUGAUAAGAUGACGGCGGUGGCUGCUUUUGCCAACCUCCCUUCUGCAUUCCGCGGAAUUGCCACCCCAGCCAUGGCACUGUUGGCACUCAGCGUUCGGGAAGGAGAUGUUGCCGCUGCUUCUAGCUACUGGCGUGUCCUGAGCAACCCUGAAGUCGAGGUCACUGCCACUCUCAUUGAGCCUGCCACCAUGUAUGCUAUCGCCAUGAUUGGCUCCGGCCAAGUUCUGGAAGGAUUGGUCGAGUCGGAGCGGAUGUUCCAACGCAUCCAGGCCACCGAGGCGCAGUCUCGCCCUCAGGUCACUGAUGAGAUCGAGGAGGCCUUGGACUUUGUGCAGAAGUUCAUGUCCGCUCGCGGUGUCGUCGAUCCUCGGGAGACGACUUCAGUUGCCAGUUAUGCUCAGACCUACUCGCCAUCUGCUUAUGAGUCGACACCAACCGUUUCAAGUUACGAGGACAACUUCGACCCCUACGCCCACAGCACCGACUUCAAGGGUUCUUCCAUCAUCUCCGAUGAGCUCGAAGGUGCCCACGGCCGCAAAGGGCCAAGAUUCAACGACGCUCUUGCCCGGUUCCGCAAUAUGCGCCGUGCUGGUCGUCACCCACGAUACAUCACAUAUGCCAAGCUUAUCUCUGCCGCUGCUCGCGAGAAGCGCAUGGAUCUGUGCCAUGACAUUCUUGCCAUGGCUCGGACCGAUGUUCCUCUCCUUCCGCAGUAUGCAGUUGUCCGCUAUGGCUGGUCCUCCAUCUUGGACGCAAUGGUUGGUGCUUGUUUGACUAUUGGUGACCGCACCCUGGCUGAGCAGUACCACCUCGAGCUUCUCGAGAUGGGAGCUGCUCCGUCUGCAAACACCUUUGGUCUUUACAUCACAAGCCUGAAGGAGUCGACCAAGACAUUUGAUGAGGCUACUGAAGCCGUCAAGAUUUUCCAUCGCGCCAAGGCUGAGGGUGUUGAGCCAUCUAGCUUCCUAUACAAUGCGCUCAUUGGAAAGCUUGGCAAGGCUAGACGCAUCGAUGACUGUCUGUUCUACUUUGCUGAGAUGCGCGCUCUCGGUAUUAAGCCUACGAGUGUCACCUACGGCACUGUUGUCAAUGCUCUCUGCCGUGUCAGUGAUGAGAAGUUUGCCGAGGAGCUGUUUGAUGAGAUGGAGGCCAUGCCGAACUACAAGGCUCGUCCCGCACCAUACAAUAGCAUGAUGCAGUUCUUCCUCUCAACAAAGCGUGACAAGAGCAAGGUCCUGUCCUACUACGAGAGGAUGAAGGCCAAGGGCAUUGCCCCCACCUCGCACACUUUCAAGCUGCUAGUAGAUACGCACGCUACUCUUGAGCCUGUCAACAUGACUGCCGCUGAGGCUGUCUUGGACAUGAUCCGCGCCUCUGGUCAGCAGCCUGACCCGGUUCACUAUGCUUCUCUAAUCCACGCUCGUGGCUGUGUGCUUCACGAUAUGGAUGGUGCUCGCAGGAUCUUCGACUCGGUAACUAGGGACCCUAGCAUCCCAUCGCAUCCCUGCAUUUUCCAGGCCUUGUUCGAGUCCAUGGUUGCCAACCACAACGUGGCCGACACUGAGAAAAUUCUUUCCAUGAUGCGAUCGCGCAGGGUGGAGAUGACGCCCUACAUUGCCAACACUUUGAUCCACGGCUGGGCGAACGAGAAGAACAUUGACAAGGCUCGUGCCGUGUACGGCCAAGUCAGCCGCGAGAAGCGUGAGCCUAGCACCUACGAGGCAAUGACUCGUGCCUAUCUCGCCGUGGAGCAACGUGAGCGGGCCAAGUCGGUUGUCACCGAGAUGCUUUCCCGUGGUUACCCUAGCGCUGUCGUCAACAAGGUUCUUGAACUUCUUGGAGGCGGCAACAGCGAGGAAGCUAUUGCAGCGUAA